AUGCCAACCGACACCUCGGACUGGUGGAUCGUGACCGACUCAGAGGGACCCAGAGAAGAUGCCAGCAACGACCCAAGGCAUAUGGGACUCAUCACAUCUGAACCAGCAUCAGAGCGAGUCUGCAAGUUCCUGUGUCGGGUUCGCCCAGGAGGAGAGGUUGAGCAAGCAUUUUGGAAGAAUCCAGGGGUUACCUUUCUCCACCCUACGAAUUUCCGCGUCCGUUGA